AUGACGAAGGCCAGGACAGACGACUACCACGGCUACCUCGAGCAUGGUUCCCAGCACCUCUCCAGCUGCGCCUACCACGACGACAGAAUCGAUUACGAAACUCCCUUUGAGCAGCGUGACGACAGCAUCCGUCGGUUCAUCUUCUCUGGCCCCUCGUCAUCCGGAUCAUCUGCCUCGAUGGGAACUUCUGGGCAGCUCAAGCGGUUCGAGCAGUGCUGGCGGCAGUUCAAGCUCGGGCGGAAACGACUACGGAACCGGCCAGACAUCGUUCAUUGGCUCAUCAUCAUCUGGAUCUUCAUCUACGGGGACGACGAGCGGAGGCUGGACAAGCGGAUUCCAAGACUUCGGAGCUGGGCCACGACCAGCACCACUCCUGAGCCAGAGGUCCCAGUCUUGCCUACAGGAACGACAAGCUCAGCCAGAUCGACAUCUACAGCUUCGCCGGAAACCACGACAACUACGCCAACGACCACAGGAGCGACGACGAAGACUACCAGCGAUGCAGUUUCCUCGACAGAUGACUCAACUACAAUCACCAGCUCGGGAAGUUCGCUGACCGGGCCGACGACCUCCACCUCUGCAGCCAUUUCAGCUGGAGCCUCUGACUCAUCCUCCUCAGAAUCCACGAGCUCGGGGUCCACGGCCGCAACGACAGGAACUCCACACACUACUGGCACGCCAUCAACCUCUUGCAGUUUUGUCGAGUGUGACCUCGUCUGGAUCGACCUCUUCUGGAAGCCCUCCGAGCGACAA